AUGGUCGACUUCUUCCAAGGCCUUGGCUUCGUGCGCUCCGGGGCGGACUACUUCCAGGUUGCACUGAAGGACCUUGGCAUUUCUUUGGAUGCCGCUGAGGAGGUGGUUGCCUACAGUGGAGGUGGCAUCGGAGACUGUGGAGGCGGACCUUUCCGAAUGCUCAUCGGCGAUGAAACGCUGGCGUCCAUUGCCGCUACCACGCUGAAGGCCUGGCUGCUGCUGCUGCCAGCCCUCUCCACAGCUCAGUGGUUUCAGCGCACCAUCCAAGCGCAACGCAUGCUGGGGUCCGCCCACCCCCCCUCGCGGACGGGUGGCUAUGAAGGUUAA